AUGGAAGUCUUCGCACCUUUGGAGGCGCCCGGAGGCAGUCCUACAGGGCGAGUGCUUUCGCCCCGAGAACGGCUCGCGAGUGCGCGCCGAGAGGGUGGAGCUGAUGACGUUUUCCGAGCCAGGGAGGAUGUGGGAGAGGACGCGUUGCCCUCGCCGCUCCCGCCGUCCCCCGAUCCUGGUUCGUCUUCCUCCGCCUCGGCCGAUCGCGUUUCUCCGGAUAUAAGCCGAAUCGCGCGACGGCGGCCGCCCGUGGCGUCAGGUGCGCGAGCGGACUGUCCUGCAGGGGGAGAGCCUCCGGAAGAGACGGGGGGGCUGAGGACCAGGCUCGUGGAGCGGCAGUUGCGGCGAGAGCUGAGUCGCGAACCGCGUGGAGAGGAAAGGCCGUCUUCCAGCGGCCGGCUGCCCGAGGGCGGGAAGCCGACGAAAGGCAAAAGUCGAGCGAAAAGUCGCGUAGGACGGAGAGAGAGGAGACAAAAAGAAGCGCCCGCCCAGGCAGCGGCUUGUGCAACCUCGUCUUUUCCUGACUCGUCUUCUCUCGGUCGAUCUGCUGCAACUGCUCACGCUUCCUCGCCUUCCUCAGCUGCGCGGUUUGUUGCACAAGAGAAGCGAGAGGCGAACUCGUUUUCUCCGCUUCUUUCCCGUUCGUUUCGCUGGACUCGCGGCGGCGUGGUCUCUGCCGCAUCUGCGCAGGGCCCCCUUGCGGCGCGGUCUUCCAUCUUUCUUCUCCUCGCACUGCUUGUGGCGCUGCCUCUCCUCUCCGCAGUCUACCGCGCUCUGUUCGCCGCGCCGCCGCCGGCCCUGGAGGAGGCCCGCGGCAGUCUGCCAUACUGCACCAAGACUCGAGACUUGCCUCAGGGGCUUCUGGAAGGCGAGGCCGUCUCUUCGUCGCUGCUCGCCGGAGACGAGAGGCCAGACUGUCGGCCGUGCCCUCCGCACGCCGUCUGCGCCAACGGGGCGAUGCGGUGUCCGCCGCCUUAUAUUCGGGUCGCCGCCUCCUCGGCAGUCGCGGAGAGGCUUCUACCUGGCGCCUGGAGCCGCUCUUCUGCGGUCGGCCGAGGCGCUGCGCGAGUUCUCGCCGCACUCUUCGGUUCGAGCGGCGCAGGCGACGCGCAGUGCGUGGAGGACCUCUCUGCGAAGAAGACGGCGCAGGACGUGGCGGACGCGCUCGUCCUUUUCCUUCGGCAAAAAGCUGGGCAGGCGCAGUGCGGCACGCUCUCGCACCUCGACGCGCAGCAGCCAGCCGCUGUCUCCUCUGCUGGCGCGGGCUCCGCUUUCUCCGCCCUCGCUUCCCUCGCCGCGGCUGACGAGGGCGAGGAGACCCGUGGAGAGGCUGCGCCGCAGGAGGGGAGGUUCGCGUUUCCGCGGAAAGGCCUUUCUCGCGGGAAAGCGGAGAACAGAGAGACCUCGUUCUGGAACCCAGGCGGGCAGCGGCGCGGAGAGACAGACGCGGCUGCCGAGGGGGCCGAGGCGCCCACCAUCGCCGGGUCCCAUUCGGGCUCGUUGCGGGACAGGAACUCCUUUGGGCAGGGGGGAGGCAAGACGCCGCGAGAGAGGAGCGGGGGAGUUCCUUCUCUUGAGGCGAAACGAAGAGUCGUGCGACUUGCCGCAAGCGCCACGCGGUGGGACCUGGUGCAGCUUGCCCACGUGAGAGACGCACUCGAAGACGACAACGUCUACGCAUUCGUCUUCAAUCAUUUCCUCGAAGAAAAAGCCGCCGAACGCGACUUCUCUGUCCUGGUUGAGCAGAAUUACUCAUUCCAGUCGCUCGAUUCGGUUGUGCCUGAGGAGAAGUCGGGUGCCUCUCGCCGGAAGCAGACGGACACUCUGUUGGCUAUGUUUCUGCGCGAGCAGCGGCGGUCGCGCGGCAUCACGUAUACCUACACCUACGCAGGCAGGCUCGCGAUUCGCCCGUGGUCCUGUACGCUGUACGUCACGGUGAUGUAUCGCGUGGUUCCGCUCGCAUUGGUUGUUCUUCUUGUUGUGCUUCUGUCGCUGCCGCUGGCCUUCUGGCUGCGGCGCGCAUACCUGCGGCGCCAGCUGCGGGCGCUGCUUCUCAUGCGGCGAGGCGCGGCGGCGUCCUCAGCGCAGCCCCCCUUCACGCUGAAGGGAAGCUCGAUCGCUGCGGCGUUCUACCCAGGCAUCUCGAGCAGCGAACUGUCGCAUUUGUUGGUUCGAUCGCUCCUGCGGGUGCGUGGCGGGCGGCUCACGCGCUGGUGGCUGCAGCGCCUCGCGCGAAACCCUGCGGAGGUCGACACGCUGUGUCACGACCUACUCAUCGACCGGCACGUCCGCGUGCACACUGCGCGCUUGGGCGACCAGAAUUUCUGGUGGGUUGAAAGUGGCUCUGAUCACCCGCCCGUGCGAGCCGAAACCGGCACCGCGGGCGCUGGAGCCUAUGGGGCGGCAGAUCUGCGUGCCUCUGGGCCCCACUUUCUUGCGGGCGCCUCCGGCGAAAACACAGCCGAGGGCGCUCAGGAGUAUGCUCGCGAUCCGCGGCAAAGUCUGCCCGCUACGCUGCUGCAGCACCGCCGCGUCAGCGGUGGACUGAGUCUCGCGCUGCCAGCUGGCGAGCCAGCGCAAGGCUCAGAUGCAACAGUGGGGAACCGCGGCGAGGCCGCAUUGUCGGACGCGUGGCUGAGCGAGAGAGUGCGGCGAUCUAGUGCGUAUCAGUCUGCCUGUAGACUGGGAAGGAGUUCAGAGGGGGAGGCGGUGUCUGGGUUUGUGCGAGCGAGCCGCGGGCACCGCGCCACGCUUGGUGGUCUCGAGACUACGUGGAGAGACGAGUCGAGCGCUGCGCACGUGGACGCUUUGCGCGACACGCUCACACACCGCAGAUGCACCUUAGAGGGUGGAAAGACAAGCUGGGGGGCGGCGACGGCCGCUUUCCAGUCGCGAAAGGAGGGACUUGCCGCGGUCUCGCAGUCCGAGCGCGCGGGGGGUGCCGGGAGGCCGCUGCCCACGCUGAUUGGCGGCGGCAGUCUCGGCGCGGCCUUUGGCGGACGGGGAAGUGUGGGGGACGCGCUGCAGUUUCUAGAUGCCUCGAACGCCAGUCGGGCACAGUUGGCUUCAAAACGCCGGAGCUCAGCGCGGGCGGGGAGGGCGGGGAGAGAUUACUCACAUGCUGCUUUCCUGGACAUGGCAGAGCGCAGUCGAAAACAGGAGCCAGAAGGCGUGUAUUAUGAAGAUGGGGCGCCUACCUCACAAGAGACGAGACGCGGUAGCCUGGGGUUCGUUUCCACUAGAGCCAGCACGACAGGCAAAGUUCAGUGA